AUGUCGACCACUCCAUCCAAUCCCGACAUCCCUUCCCUUCCUACCUGUCUCGCUAGACUCGGGCUAGUCUGGCCGCCUGUCACGCCGGACGAUGCUGAACGCGUUAUGUCGACUGUCGAGGGUCGACUAAGCCACGCCUACAAGACACGCGUCGAGGUUUCAGAGGAGGAUGAGGAGACUGCGUGGACGACCUAUUGGUUCGAAAUGCUUCCGCAUGGUGGCCACCCCCCCCUCAUUCAGGCGUUCCUGGUAUCUGCCCCCAUCUUGCCCUUUAGUCCGGAUUUUGUUCCACCCCCUUCGGCUGAGGUCCCACCCGGCUUCGAAGAUCCGACGAGUGUGGGCACGGGGAGGUGGUGGGAGAUGGUCGACGACACCAUCUGGUGGAAUAAGCCAUAUGCGCCGUCGGACGACGAUGACAGCGCCGCCGCUCAUCGUUCUGCCGGAUCCACCCCUCCCCCGGCACCGCUGGUUCCCUCCAUCAGCCCCAGCACCUACUUCAGCAGCCACCAUCCAGUCUCGCCAUCCGGUCCCCCUAGCCAGACGGCGGAAGCGACUGCCGAGGCGCCCGAUGUUCCGGACACUGCACCCGCAGUCACUGUCAGAUAUGCCCGUAACCUCGGACUGAGGUGCAAGGAUACGAUCCCACCAUCCACAUGGUACAGCCUGGAUCCGGCGGCGGCGCCGGAAUACGUCGAGCACUGGACAUGCUGCCAGUCUUGUUCCAAAAAGAAGACGCGGUGCAUUGGUCGGUCGGACGCAGGGUGCUUCGUCUGCCACUUUAUCACCAAGGAUCCGUGCCCAUUCGCGAAGACAAAGCCCGGACCUCAGAGCGUGAAGAGGAUGAACAUGAGGGCCGAGUUUGAUUACAUCCGGACAACUGACCGUGUACGCCGGAUAGAGGCCAAACACUAUGACAGAGCCGUACGCAACAUAGACGCGCUCAAAGCGCAGUGGAGUAGUGAGCGGUCAUCCGGUUCCGGCUCGCGACGCACAGUCCGAGCCAAAAGGGUGACUGCCUCGUCAUCGGCGACUGCCGCUCAGCCAUCGUCGGAUCGGGUGGAAUCAGUCAACGCAUCCAUCGACGCACUCCGAGCAACCAUCGCGGAGAUCAACCGGAGGUUGGACGAGAUGGAGCGAAGGCUUGAUGCCGGCGUCACAGUCGAGCAUUUGAGGGGACUUGUCAGUCCGAUUGGAAUUGAAGUGCCGGACGCGCGUAGGGCGUAG